AUGGUGGAAGACAUCUCGUCAAUGCCAGUCGCAGACCUCAAGGCGAAAACCAAGGCGAAAACGCGGUAUCUGAAGCGUAAAAAGUCACGACGACAAGCUAGAAAAUCUGCAGCUCCCAAACAGGCUAUCAAUGUAUCACAGCACCAUGAAGAGACCGACGUAGAGAGCAGUAAUGAUACUGAAAACGAAGACUAUGCACCUCGAGAACAACCUUCAAAUGUUAGCCACUCAAAGGAGCUGGGGGAGGCACACGAGGGCAGCAGAGAAGAGAGACCCAAAAAGAAGCGGAAGGUAUCAUUGUCACAUUCUGAGGAAGGGGGGGAUCGCAUGUCAGAAGUUGAAGGGGUGGAAGUGGUUGAUGAAGUAGAUGCUCCUCUCCCCGUCGCCGCGCCGCAAACCUUCCGAGUCAAGUCCUCGGACCCGGAACCGCAGAUGUCCCUCCCAGUAUUCCCCCUUCCAACUUUACCUGAUGCACCACCUAAAUCUAUACUCGCAUUGCAAGGUCUUGAUCAAGCUUUAAUUGAAGCUGAAGUUGUCAAUCCCUCCUCUCGACUACCUAUAAUACCUAACGGAGAUGAUACUUGCACUGGUUUAUCUGAAAAGACAAGAAGGCGCCUCAUAGAACUAGGGAUUACUGAACUAUUUGCUGUUCAGACUGCACUUCUCCCUUUUCUGCUAAGAUCCUCCGCCAUGCGGAGGUCACUGUACGCACCAUUUGACCCGCCGCGGGAUGUAUGUGUUUCCGCCCCUACUGGAAGUGGGAAAACGCUCGCAUACGUGCUCCCAAUCGUUGAGAUUCUGUCAACAAGAAUUGUAACACAUCUCCGUGCCCUCAUCGUUCUCCCGACGCGUGACUUAGUCAUGCAAGUUCGGGAAACAUUAGAGGCAAUCGCAAAAGGACGGGGUUUGAAGAUUGGUGCAGCCACUGGACAGCACUCAUUCGCUCACGAGCAGUCGCAACUAGUUGCGGACAUGUCAGCCAAACUCUCUGGUGGAUCGAGUAAAGUUGAUAUUUUGAUCUGUACGCCAGGGCGCCUCAUUGAUCAUCUCAACGGAACACCGAACUUUUCUUUACAGCACCUCCGCUUCUUGGUCAGCCUCUUUGUAGAUGAAGCUGACCGAUUGCUUGCUCAGUCAUUCCAAGACUGGCUAGCUCAAGUUCUUGCCGCUACGCAACCAUUUUCAAGAAUGGUCCCUGAGAACACCGACUUCAAAGCUUCAGCUCCCCUUUGCGAUUCUGUUGCUCCUGCUUUUCUUCACAUUCACGGGGAUGUAGGCAUACACACCGACAUCGAUGAAAAGAAAGACGUCUCAUGUCAAAAAUUACUGUUUUCUGCGACACUCACUAGUGACCCGGGAAAGCUUGCGGCUCUGGACCUCCGAAAUCCAAAGUACUUUGUUGUACAAGGUCUAUCUGAAGAAUCAGAAAUCGAUGGUAUUCCUAAUGUUAUUGCGGAACGGUUUACCAUGCCCGAAGCACUAAAGGAACACAUGAUUAUCUGUGAGGCCCCUCAGAAACCAUUGAUGCUCUUCCAUCUUGUGCACAACCAUUCCGUCCGCAAUGCACUUAUUUUCACAAAAUCGUCCGAAUCGGCCUCUCGUCUUGUACGUUUAUUCGAAUUUUUCGAAGCCGCUAUCUCCUCCGGAAAUCCGAUUGUUGUUCGGUCAUACUCGAGUGAUCUUCCGACUAACGAGCGCAGGACUAUAUUAGAAAAAUUCAAGGCUCAAGAGGUCCAUCUGAAAGUUCAACCCAUUUUCAUUCUGCAGCCUGAUCUCAUAUCAAGGGGUAUUGACAUCAGCCAUGUGUCGCACGUGGUCAGUUAUGAUGCACCAGUGGAUAUAAGAAAAUAUGUACACCGGGUUGGUAGAACUGCUCGAGCAGGGAGAACUGGAGACGCUUGGACGUUGGUUGAAGAACAAGAGGCACACUACUUCAAAUCUAUGUUAAGAAGCGCCGGUCACCUAGAAAAGGUCCAACGAAUGAGAAUAUCGGCCCAAGACACAGCUUCGCUAUCAUCGGCGUAUGAGAUGUCUCUCCGAAGCCUACGGGAUGCGUACACACGGUAG